UCAAUUCUUAUAACAUCUUUGUAAGCAAUUUGUUUUGUAUUUAAUUUCAAUUAUGCCACACGAGUCGUUUUAAAUAUCGAAAUAAAAAUCGGUUAUGUUUGACGAUAAGAAGAACAUGCUUCACGUAGAUUAAUUCCAAAAGGGGAAUCAUUUUUCUCCGGCAAAUCUUAUGCCAGCCUUUGAGCUGGGUCCUUGAACUGUAAACAGUCGCCUAUGAUUGCUUUCUCAGUGUUUCCGAGACAACGAGCUGUACAGAGAUUGGUCACUUUAACUGAUACUCGAGUGCAGAAUGGUAACGUGAGAAGGAAACCAUGAAAAAACAUCACAGACAAAUAUUCAUCCUGAUAGUUUUCGUGUAUGUGGUGUUUUCCUUGUAUGCUGCAUACAAUGUAUUUUUUAAUACGAAGGUGAUCACCCGUGUCCACAGAGUGGUGAAGAAAAUUACAGUCGCAACCUCAGGUGGUGGUGUUGUGGCUCCUUACAUUGGGGAUGAUGUGUGGAACCCUUGGGAGGAUGAGCAGGCAAAUGCGCUUUCUGCUCUGCACAAACAGAGGGAGGCUUUCAGACAAUACCAGGAGCGCAUUGACAAGAACAGGCCCAAGAGAUACAAAGUUCAAAUCUGGGGGAAAGCGGCCAUAGGACUGUACCUUUGGGAACAUAUUUUAGAAGGUCCCCUCAACCCCACCGACAUACAAGCGCAGUGGAGAGAGGGGGAGAUACAAGUGGGAAAGAUAGAUUUUAGUUUCUACACAGGUCCAGCGGUGAUCCAAGGCCAUGUUCCUCUGGACACAGACAGUGUGGUUCUGGUGCUGAAUGGCCGGGAGCAGCAGAAGAUCUCUUACGCCACCCGGUGGCUGCAGCAUGUCCAGACCUUGAUGCAGUUCCACGCUGUGAAUCGUGUGGCUGUGGUUCUGCUGGGCAGCGAGCGCUGCACCAAUGACUGGAUCAGCCCCUACCUGAGGAGGCACGGGGGCUUUGUGGACCUGCUCUUCCUGGUCUAUGACAGCCCCUGGGUUAACGACAAGGAUGUCUUCCAGUGGCCCCUCGGAGUUGCCACAUACAGGCAGUUUCCUGUGGUCAUGCCAAACUCCCAUAUGGUGAGCUCCACAAGGCCCUUCCUCUGUAACUUCCUGGGAACUGUCUACAAGAACUCCUCGAGGGAAACACUCAUGGGGAUCUUGAAACAAACCGGACUGGACAAAGAGUGCAUCACUACUGGCAGAGAGAAGUGGCUUCCUCAGGAGACAGUGGAGAGUCUGAGACGGUACCAGACAGCCCUGGCCCAAAGCGAGCUCACCCUCUGCCCCGUGGGAAUCAACACGGAGUGCUACCGCAUCUACGAGGCCUGUGCCUACGGCUCCGUACCCGUGGUGGAAGACAUGGUGACCCCAGGUGGGUGCUCUGCUGCACGCAGCUCCCCACUGCGUCUCCUCAAAGCUGCAGGAGCCCCCUUCAUCUUUCUCAAAGACUGGAAGGAGCUUCCAGGCCUCCUGGAAAAGGAGAAGAUGAUGAGCCAGGAGGAAAGGACUGAGAGGAGGAGGAAACUGCUGGAGUGGUAUAGCAGUUUCCGCCAGCAGAUGAAGGACAGGUUCACAGAGGUCUUAGAGGAGACCUUCUUCAAAAACAGCUAAGUCUUUUUAAAGCAGAGUAAAACACAAAAUGGCACAUAAUUACGAGGUACUCUAUGGAUCUCAUUGGCAGUGUGUUUAAGGGAGAAAAGCCACAUUUUUGUGGAUUUUGUGGGCUUAUGGCUACAUUUUGUAAGGUUUCCACUAGUAGCUGACAACUGUCUCUCACAAGAUAAUGUUCAAACAAAACAUUGAUUUCAGGCUAUGUGUGAAUUAUAUUAGAAUGAGGUGGCUGUAAAUCUUGUUGUUCUCCAUAAUUUAUUUGACAUAGUUCAAGAUUUUCAUGUAUUUAUGUUGUAACUUAAAAGAUUAGGGAUUUCAGUUGCUCUUGAACUACUUGCUGAAUGCACACUCCAAAGCAACAUUGUAUUCAACCUUUCAGUAAGGCCCAGUUGUUGUAUUUUUACCCGAGGAGGGUGGUGCUAUAGGAGGACAGGCUCAUUGUAAUGGCUGGAAUGGAAUGAAAUGAAUGGAACUGUAUCUUAACACAGUAAACAUAUGGAAACCACGUUUGACGUUCCAUUUAUUCCAUUACAAUAAGCCCUUCCUCCUAUAGCUCCUAUAGCUGGAUAUUUUUUCCAUCUAGAAAUUUGUCGGGUGGAUAUCUCCUUUUCCUUUACGUUUAUCAUUGACCUGUCCUUGAACUAUGUAGGGCUUAUUAUUGUGACAGGAGUAGGUCUAUCUCCAGUGCAAUUGCAGCAAACCAUAUCCUGUGGUAAACCAUAACCUCAUGUUCUCAUGCUGUUUUUUUAUUUUAUUUUUAUUUAUUUCACUUUUUUAACCAGGUAAGCAAGUUGAGAACAAGUACUCAUUUACAAUUGCGACCUGGCCAAGAUAAAGCAAAGCAGUUCGACACAUACAACAACACAGAGUUACACAUGGAGUAAAACAAACAUUACAGUCAAUAAUACAGUAGAAAAACAAGUCUAUAUACAACGUGAGCAAAUGAGGUGAGAUAAGGGAGGUAAAGGCAACAAAAAGGCCAUGUUGGCGAAGUAAAUACAAUAUAGCAAGUAAAACACUGGAAUGGUAGAUUUGCAGUGGAAGAAUGUGCAAAGUAGAGAGUAGAGUAGAAAUAAUGGGGUGCAAAGGAGCAACAUAAAUACAUACAGUAGGGGGAGAGGUAGUUGUUUGGGCUAAAUUAUAGGUGGGCUAUGUACAGGUGCAGUAAUCUGUGAGCUUUCUCUGACAGCUGGUGCUUAAAGCUCGUGAGGGAGAUAAAUGUUUCGAGUAUCAGAGAUUUUUGUAGUUCGUUCCAACCAUUGGCAGCAGAGAACUGGAAGGAUAGGCGGCCAAAGGAAGAAUUGGUUUUGGGGGUGACCAGAGAGAUAUACCUGCUGGAGUGCGUGCUACAGGUGGGUGCUGCUAUGGUGACCAGCGAGCUGAGAUAAGGGGGGACUUUACCUAGCAGGGUCUUGUAGAUGACCUGGAGCCAGUGGGUUUGGCGACGAGUAUGACGUGAGGGCCAGCCAACGAGAGCGUACAGGUCGCAGUGGUGGGUAGUAUAUGGGGCUUUGGUGACAAAACGGAUUGCACUGUGAUAGACUGCAUCCAAUUUAUUGAGUAGGGUAUUGGAGGCUGUUUUGUAAAUUACAUCGCCGAAGUCGAGGAUUGGUAGGAUGGUCAGUUUUACAAGGGUAUGUUUGGCAGCAUGAGUGAAGGAUGCUUUGUUGCGAAAUAGGAAGCCAAUUCUAGAUUUAACUUUGGAUUGGAGAUGCUUAAUAUGAGUCUGAACUCUAUCAGAGAAGUAGUUGGUGAACCAGGCGAGGCAAUCAUUUGAGAAACCAAGGCUAUCGAGUCUGCCGAUGAGGAUGUGGUGAUUGACAGAAUUGAAAGCCUUGGCCAGGUCAAUGAAUACGGCUGCACAGUAUUGUUUCUUAUUGAUGGUGGUUAAAAUAUUGUUUAGGACCUCGAGUGUGGCUGAGGUGUAACCAUGACCAGCUCUGAAACCAGAUUGCAUAGUGGAGAAGGUAUGGUGGGAUUCGAAAUGGUCGGUAAUCUGCUUGUUGACUUGGCUUUCGAAGACCUUAGAAAGGCAGGGUAGGAUAGAUAUAGGUCUCUAGCAGUUUGGAUCAAGAGUGUCCCCCCUUUGAAGAGGGGGAUGACCGCAGCUGGUUUCCAAUCUUUGGGAAGCUCAGACGACACGAAAGAGAAGUUCAUGUAUUAGAGCUUGAAAAAGGAUUAACACUGUUCCUGUUGCAUCUUGUUUUCUGUGAAAUGUUGUAAACUGUUUGUUUUGCUAUUAAAACGUGUAAUAUUUGUUAA